AUGGCUUUGACUGGGCUGGUGAUCCCAGAUUCUUUAAGUCAAGAGAAUGAUAGACUUAAAAAUGACUUAGCUUGUGCUAAAGAGAUUGAGGAGUAUCUUAGGAAUGAAUUAGCUGAGAAUGAAUUCAAGCUUAAGGCUUAUAAGAACUCUUCCCAAGUAGUCCAGAACAUCUCUGAGAAGAACACUAAGAAUAACAAGUUAAGCAUUGGUUAUGACUAUGGUAGGAGACUUGGUAACGAAACUGUAUCUGCCCGUGUAGGUGAUGAUACUGUCAAACCAAACAUUCUCAAAAAGGUUGGAAACCCUGAGUUUAAGUCAGACAACACGUUUAAAAAUGUUGUCAACAAAGUUGAGACAGAUUCUUUUAAAGGAACUGUCAAGAGGAAAACUAAGAUAGUAACUUUUGUACCUGCUGUGAAGACAGUAGAAGCAAAAGAUGUUGUCAAGGGUAGUCCGACAACAACUUCUGAAUGUGCUAUCAAUAUAGUGAAUACCAAGUCAAAGAACAAGAAUGAAAUUGGGGAGAUCCGCAGAUCUGUUCUUGUAUUUGAUUCUGGUGGUGGUGGCGGUGAUGGAGAUGGUGGAGGUGGCUUUGGAGAUGAAGGUGAGGACGACGGAGGUGGAGGUGACGCAGUUGGAAGUGGUGGAGGAGGAGAAGGGGAAGGUGGAGGUGGAGGAGGGUUGGAUUCAUUGGUUGUAGAUACGGUGGAGGCAAACAUGGAGGGGCAGCGGACAUGGAUGGGGUGGCGGCAUGAAGUUGCUGGAAGUGAAGAUGGAGGCACGCUGGGUUGGAGGAGAAGGCGGGGUUGUGAGAGAAUUUAG